AAAUUUAUAGAUUCAAAAUUUAAUCAAGAUACAAAAUAUUUAACAAAGGUGAAGAUCAAAAAUCAAAAACCUGACUCAACUGAAUAUAGCCUUAGGCAUGACGUUAUUGUAAUGAUUGUAGUCUCGGAUUGUAGGUGUCGCUACAAGCUUUCAACGUUAACAAUUUAAGAUCGUGAACACUGAACACUGCCUAGAAGGAAAGAAACAAUCUCUCUAUUAAAAUUAUGGAUUAUUUUAUCUGUGUGAAGGACAAUACUCUAGUAUCGAUGUUUUGGUUCUAUAGUCUUUGCUUGAUAGUUGAUUCUUUGUUUAUUAAUUUGUCUUGUUCGAUGGUAUUCUUGUUUUAUUGCAGUGCUUACGAGUAGUGAAAAAAUUAAUAAAACAAUUUAAAAAAUGUCUGAAGUACCUGAAAAUAGCCCCUUACCUACUUGUAGUAAAGUUUCUCUUUUAUCAGAAAAAGAUGAGGGUCCUUCGCCUAAAAGGCGUAAGACUGCGUUUGACGAAGACCCGUCUGUUAAAUUAGAACAUAGAUUGGGGGGUAUACUGUGUUGCGCAGUUUGCUUGGACCUGCCUCCAGCCGCCGUAUACCAGUGUAGCAAUGGACACUUGAUGUGUGCCCCAUGUUUCACUCAUCUACUGGCGGACGCGCAGCUUCGUGACGAGUCAGCUACCUGCCCGAAUUGCCGUGUUGAGAUCUCCAAAACCUCAGCCUCCAGAAACCUAGCAGUUGAAAAAACUGUCUCCGAACUGCCUUCUGAAUGCAAAUUUUGCACUCGUGUCUUCCCUAGGCAUGCUUUGCAACAUCAUGAAGACAAGAUUUGCGAAGAUAGUGGUAACGAGUACAAGUUCUCUCAGUUAUCUGUGGAAGUAGCGUCGCCCGCGGCUGUGAGUGGUUUGGUUCGCAUCGUGGUGUGGGUAGUCGGCCUCCUACUGGCCUCCUUCAGGAGCCGACCGCUCGCGGCGACGGCACACAAGCGGCGUAGGUAUCGCAGGAUGACGGGGUGUCUCUACGAGCGCAUCGGGUGCGGAUGGCGCGGACCUGCGCACGAGGCCAGCGCACACGAGGCGGUCUGCGAGAGGCCGCAGCGAUCGGCGGGAGAUGUGCUGCCUUUGCUGGAGGAGCGCGAGGCGCGGGCCGCUGACCAUACGCGCGUCUACACGCAGAUAUUUUCCCUCCUGUCCCUAGAGAAGAUUACUUUUAACGAUUUGCAGCUGAAGCCGUACCGCACGGAAGAGUUCAUGCAUAAGCUGUACUACGAAACAUUGCGAUUCCCUUCAUUCGGGCACCAAUGGGUGGUGAAAGCUUUUAUCAACAAUAAUCAGCCACACCCCACCCACACUGCGCAUCGUGAGAUAACAUACCAGCUAAUCCUAAAGAGCAAGCCGCAAUGCGAGCUCUCAGUACAGUGGGUAGUAGCGAGGGGUCCCUUUGGCGAGGCGCGACUAGCCCCGCGGGUGUCGUCGCAUACGUUCCGCGGCGACGACGAUCCUGCGCCUGCGCCUUUGCCCCUCGCUGACCCUGAGGACACCAACCGGUUGCUCUCCAACAAGGCCAUACAUUUUAGACUUCUCAUGUUUCUUACGAAUAAGUAAGCGUGAAGAUGGACAGUUUAUGAUGCGUUCUAUUUUGCUUCAUAACCAAAGAUCACAAAAUUGCAUUUUUUUAUUCAAAAAUUCAUAUUAACCGUACAUUAUUUUAUUGGAUUUUAAAUUUUUUACAUUAUUUAAAAUGUGCUUUUUAGCUUAAUUUUAAUGAGUUUAGACUUAAUUAUAUUGGAGUACAAAUUGUGUUUAGGGAAUUGCGGUAGUUAGACAAUUAGUUAAUAGCUUUAUAUAUUCUGGGUUAUAUGUUUACCUAAUUUUAUUAUAUGUAAAAUUACAUGAAUUUUAAUGGAGGACUGAUUCUAUUUAUGUUUUUACCAGCCAUAUUAUUAAUAUUUGGGUUUGUAAUAAAACAAAUAUUAAAUA